AUUAAUGCGUCACUAAUUCUUUUUUAUUUUCUGAAAAUGACCACUGUGGAUAGUGAGCCAUUUGACAUUUGGUAUUUUGUAUACUUUUGUACUUUUACUUAUUUACUAAUAUUUUGAAUGCAGGACUUUUACUUUGAACAGAGUAUUUACUAUUGACUACUUUGACUUAAGUAUAGGAUCUGAGAACUUCUUACACCACUGUUUCAUUAACACCGUAAAGGGUAUGUGUCGUCUAUGAUGGGGGAGUUAUCUAGAAAAGAAACACCUCUGAAAGAAACAUGUGGGCGAGUAUGAAUAGAGAACAAGGUUAGUAGCACUCGUGUGCAAGGAUCAAGAUGGCAGUGGAGGAAACGUAAGAUAUAGUCCCUAAAUAAAUCAUGAAGGAAAUGCUAUUUACUGUUUUGUACAGUAUGAGAUGAGAUGAAAUGCCUGCUCUCCUCUCCAGGGUUCUCCCACUCAGCGUUCACUUUCGGUAUAGAGAGUCACAUCAGCCAGUCCAACAUCAAUGGAGCUCUGGUGCCCCCUGCUGCCCUGAUCAGCAUCAUCCAGAAGGGCCUGCAGUAUGUGGAGGCUGAAGUCAGCAUCAACGAGGAUGGCACACUAUUUGACGGGCGGCCCAUAGAGUCUCUGUCUCUGAUCGACGCAGUGAUGCCGGAUGUUGUUCAGACACGGCAGCAGGCCUACAGAGAUAAAAUGGCGCAGCAGCAGGCGGCCGCUUCAGCCCCGACCUCGGCCACCGGAGGGAGCAUCGCCGGCAAUGCCAAGAACGGAGAGAAUACUGCCAACGGGGAGGAGAACGGAGCCCAUGCCUUAGCUAAUAACCAUGCAGACCUGAUGGAGGUGGACGGAGACGUAGAGAUCCCUCAGAAACAAGGCCAUGGUCUUGAGGGCCACGAGUCAGAAGUCUUCAUCUGUGCCCUGGAACCCCCGUCAGCGACCUGCUGGCUUCAGGGGUCUGGGGACUCGACGGCUCGCAUCUGGAACCUGAGUGAGAACAGUACGAGCAGCUCCACACAGCUGGUGCUGAGACACUGCAUACGAGAGGGGGGGCAGGACGUCCCCAGCAACAAAGACGUCACCUCGCUAGACUGGAAUAGCGAAGGCACACUGCUAGCGACAGGCUCGUAUGACGGCUUUGCCAGAAUAUGGACGAAGGACGGGAACCUGGCCAGCACACUGGGCCAGCACAAAGGUCCCAUCUUCGCCCUAAAGUGGAAUAAAAAAGGCAAUUUUAUCCUGAGUGCAGGAGUAGACAAGACAACAAUCAUAUGGGAUGCCCACACAGGAGAAGCCAAACAACAGUUUCCCUUCCACUCAGCUCCGGCACUCGACGUGGACUGGCAGAGCAACAACACGUUCGCCUCCUGCAGCACAGACAUGUGCAUCCACGUGUGUAAACUGGGACAGGACAGGCCCAUCAAAACAUUCCAGGGACACACAAAUGAAGUAAAUGCAAUCAAGUGGGACCCCACAGGGAACCUGCUGGCCUCCUGCUCAGACGACAUGACGUUGAAGAUCUGGAGUAUGAAGCAGGACGCGUGUGUCCAUGACCUGCAGGCCCACAGUAAAGAGAUUUACACCAUCAAAUGGAGUCCAACCGGGCCUGGAACCAACAACCCCAGCGCUAACCUCAUGCUAGCCAGUGCAUCGUUUGACUCCACGGUCCGUCUCUGGGACGUGGAGCGGGGGAUCUGCAUCCACACGCUGACCAAGCACCAGGAGCCCGUCUACAGCGUGGCCUUCAGCCCCGACGGGCGCCACCUGGCCAGCGGCUCCUUCGACAAAUGUGUGCACAUCUGGAAUACACAGACGGGCGCUUUAGUCCACAGCUACAGAGGGACGGGGGGGAUCUUUGAGGUUUGCUGGAACGCAGCCGGGGACAAAGUGGGAGCCAGCGCGUCAGACGGAUCUGUGUGUGUACUAGACCUUCGGAAAUAGCGCCGCUGUUUGUUGGAAGCCAUGGACCGACCAUGAAUGUGUACAUAGCCAAAUGACUGUCCCUGCCCUCGCCCUGCUCACGCUCACGGCCCCGCCCACCGACAGACAGGAAGCAGGAAACAGGAACAGGAAGCAGCCCACACAGCAGGUCCAGACAGGGGUGAACAGCCGGACAGACGGAGGGACCCGGGGGGACGGACAGCCCCUCUCUUACAGAGACUCUCACAGAGAUGCAGAAGGGACGCAGUGAAAAAAAGAAAAAAAACUGAUAGGCGAAAAAAAAAAGUUACAGAUCCGUAUAUGUACCAACAUUUGGAAGCUAUUUUGCUUUUUUUGAUCUUUAAACCAUCGCUCAUCGUCAUCAAAAUGCAAAACAAUGAAAAAAGUGUUGCUAUUUGUUACUCGUUGGAUCUCAUCGUGCAGACAUAUCGAACUCCUCCAUCAUAAAAUAGGACGGCACUUAGUUUUUUUAAAUUUCUGAUCUCUUGUUUCAAUGUUUUUAUAUUUUUUAUCUUCGGGGGGGAGGGGGACAGGCUGGUCAGCUCAGAGGUUCCUGGAUUGGAGAAGGACACACACGUACGCACGCACACGCACACACACACACACACACACACACACACACACACACACACACACACACACACACACACACACACACACACACACACUCUCUCUCGUGGGUCAUACGGUUACAUCAGAAUGCAGUAGCUCAUGUUGUACAUCCUCCUGUCACAUGACGUCCAUCUAGAUGCUUUAAGAACAGCUCCUUAUACAUUCUGAUCUAGAUGCUUCUCUCUGGACUCAUGACAUCACAGGAAGCUCACCUCCACUCAUCUGAAUGUGGAGUUUGCAUCCCCAGCCAGUAGGAUUCCAGCUGACCUUCUUACCUAAUUUGAUUCAGGCCUCAUACCAUGGAAUACCCUGAUGUAUGCUGGGAAAAGAGGAUGUUUUUGCAGCUUCUCAGCAUCUAAAACCACAGAGUCAAAGGAGCUGGACUCAAGCUCUUCAUCUGAUUGGCAGCGUUCACACACUUUCUAUUGCUCUGUGUGUUUGCAAUUGACUAACAAGUGAAAACAAGGACUCUCAAAUGGUUAUUCGUUUUUAUUUCAAAUAUCUGGCGCCUUACACUUCGAGUUAAAGUUGAAUUUAACUGUGGAUGGCCAGGGAAGCUGACUUUGUGAUCUGUUUUUGCGACACGUUUGACGGUUUUCUGACAGUUUUUAGUGUAUGUCAUCUUAAGUUCAGAUAAUUACAAGCAAUGGGCAGACACUAACGGUUUUCUAACUUUGGCUGGUCAAUAUAAAAUUCAAAUCAGUCUGAACAUCUCCAUGUGAACGCAGCAAACAAAGAUUCUCAGAUACAGUUUCGUACCAUCAUCAGUGGCAGUCGUAGUGUCUCUAUUUUCCAAUCAAAGGUGACUCAUUGGGUGAGUUCUCAGCAAAAAAGCAACAGAAAAAAGAACAGAGAAUACUAUUUAGACACAUGUGGCUAUGAACUCUGGGAAGGUUUUAGUGGAACAGCUCUGCCUCCAAAACUCGUAUAAAUACACGAAACACUUUCAUUAACACAACCAUGCACAUCCAUCAGGGGGGGGGCUUCGGUGUGACUGAGCAGCCUUCACAUCACACUCAAAAAUACAAAAUGGCAGCCUGAAUCCCACUGGCUGCUCUUCAGAAUCAAGCUCUAAAGCAGAUCCCAGCAAUAUUUGGACAUUCUUUUUUAUAAACAGCUACUUGUCAAAUUGUGGGGGAAUAACGACACUGCUUUCACGCUGGAGGACAUUAGAGAUGUGACGUAAAAGAAUUCAAAACAUGUGGAGCGGUGCAUUCAAUGCAUCGGACUCUGCCCUCGCUCACUCUCGGUUCUGCUUCACGUUUUUCUCCGAGGUUCCUUACUGACAACACAUUUUAUACUCUUUUAAAGACAAAUUUAAAGUUACAUUUUUGUAAUUUCUUUGUAGAUUUGAAAACAAAAUGUGAAUUGAUGAUUUAUUGGCAGUGUUAAUUUACAUGUUCUAUACAUUUUUAAAUGUUUUGUUUUGUUACUUUGAUGCUAUUUCAAAUAGCAAACCCUGAGCUGCGGAUCUGAGGCGCCUCACUGCGGAACACGUGUCCCGGAGCAGAUUACCACUAAAUGUGUCUGUUUAAUAAAGAAAUGUUUUACUUUUCUUUUUUGCUUGGAUCUUUUUGGGAGGAAGUUUUGUCCCAGAAAACGACAGCAUACAGAGAAGACAAUUCAGAAAAAAAGUUACUCUUUAAAUUGAAUAAAAUUGUAAUUUUUCAAUCAAGCAAA